GUUAACAAAUUCGUUUACCAUUCUCAAUUUCUCAUACAUAUCUAAUUUUGGAAAAAUCAUGCUAGAUGACUUGUAUUUCUGUAUAUUUUAUACAUUGGCCAUAUUAUUCUUGAACAUUUUGUCAUUUUUUUCCAUUUUAUGCCUAAUUUUUCAUCCUUGGACUGCACAAUUCUUCGGAUAGAAUUUCCUCUUUCUUUUCAAGUUGAAGGAAAACUUUCUUCUUCAAAUUAAAUCAAGUUUCAAACAGGGGAAGAUUAUCAUGUUAGCAUAUACAAGAAAAAGUUGCCCAUUCCAGUUUGCUCUCUGGGUCUGGAAGACUUGAACUGUUGAGCUAAGGAUGAACAGUGAUUGAUUGAUUGAUGCAUGCAUGGUUGAUUAUAGAUAGAUGUUCUACGUGUAAACAGAUCACAAUGCAUCACCAAUGAUAUCUACUGCCCAGUCCCCACCCCUCCCCCCCUUUUUUUUCCCCAGAAUAGAAGAGAAUUUUACUAUGAAAAGAAUACUACUUGGUCGGCGCUGCUGUGCCCAGACACGGGCGAUGAAAUGAUCCCCCUGCCCCCUGUUGGAUACCUUUAUACAUGCUCUCAUUGGCCCCCAUGCUGGUGCAGGAGCCAAGCAAUCAGGUAUCAUUUUGUCUCCCUAUUCUUUAUUUGGUAUUUUUAUCUUCGUCCCAAUGCCAUAGUGCUCUCUUGGCACACGGGGAUACAUGAACAAAUAGGAUUGAUGACGGGUUCUACAUAUAUUAUAGACAUUCAUCUUUGAAAAUCUUAUUAAAAAAAAAUAAAAAUAAGAAAAAGUUCUCUAAGCCACUAGCAUCUCCGGCCUAGCUAUCUCUCCUUCUAAUAAAAAAUGAUUUUUCUGCCCUCUAAUAGACAAUAUACUAUUUUGUUGCAUUUCAUUGAUGUACUCCUCUAUGCAACUUGCUCAGAGACCCUCUCCAAAGAAAAUUUCAUCAAAAUCAAAUACUUGUGUCCUGCUCCUGCCCACUUUUUCUAUGGGCCAGUAAGUUGCAGAGCUCAAAUUAGGAGAGAAGAAAAAAAGAAUGAGAAUGGGUUGAAAUGGUUUUUCACUUGGCAUAUAAUAUGAUCACAGUGUGGCAUCACAGUCGAGGUGAGGUCAGCAUUUUCACCUUAUAAUAUGAUCUAAAGGUUUUUCUCAAAUAACUGCACUGUCCCAAGUUCCCAACUCCCAACAGCAAGCCCGGCCACAGAGAAACCUGUCAGUAUAAAGUUCAAUACACAACCAGAGUCACCAUCAGAAGAAGCGAAGGUGUCUUGUUUGUUCACCAAAAAGAAGAAGAUGAGGAAAGGAAAAGUCUAAUCCUGAUGCUCCAUUUUCCAUGUUUGUGGGUCAAACUUUGGCACUGAGUUAUCAGAUUAUCUUCUGGUCUCGUUUCAUAGCUGAAGAGUCUUCAGUGACCUUUACUGGCAUGGUGUGAUCGAGGUGAUGGUGGUGGUGGUGGUGGCUGGGGGUGAGAGGGGUUUCCAACUUGGAAUUAAUUACUCUAAUCCGCCAGGAGCCCAUAAAUCUGCCAAAUGUAAGACAUGGGUACUUAGGACGGCCUCUGCUUUGUCUUUGCCUCUGCUUAUUGCAUUAUUAUGAUCUCUGACGAUUGUUGACUACCACAAUGGAGGAUUCACAUCUCCAAAUUCCUGAAAGAAGAAAGAAACACACAUGGGCACAUCAUUUUUGUUACAAUUCCAUAUCAGUCAUAUAAGGUUAAUUUCACAUUGAUUACAAAAGGGAUUUAGUAUGGGUUGAUAUGGUAUGAAGUUCCCUCCCCUUGAAGUUCAUGGGGUUAAGUUCGCUCAAACUUCCCACCAUUAGAGUCUGAUCAGCCUCAAUUAAAUUCAUUAAUUUUGAGUACUUCUUUGUAACAGUAGGGAGAGAAUCCAUGGGUGAUAUUACUGUAGAGAGUCCAGACGGGUAGGGAACAGAAACCAAAAUUUUCAACAUACAUGUACAACUACAUUAAACCAGUCAAGUGGCGGCCACCACCUUAAACUCCCUUCCACUUAAAAAACCUUUGAAUUUUAAGCCUUCCCCCAUGCACUACAAACAGUCCAUUAAUGUCAACAUCCAUGGGAGUUGGGAGUUUAGGCUUUAGACCUUCUGGCGGCCUAUUCUUCUUUCUAUAUAUACAACAUAAGAUCACUCACGCCUUCCAACUUUAUCAAACCCUGAAGCUCUUCAAGUAUAUCCAUGGUUAUGGGAGUGCCUGCAAAGGCACCGGCGAAGAUUAGCCAGCCCUGUGCCGCUUGUAGGAUGCUUCGUCGGAGAUGUGGGAGUGACUGUUUGUUGGCACCAUAUUUCCCUCCUAAAGAAGCUGAUAACUUCGUUGUCGUUCACAAGGUGUUCGGUGCUAGCAACGUUAUGAAAAUGCUGCAGAUGGUAGAGGAGAGCAAGAGGGAAGAUUGUGUGAAGAGCAUAGUCUAUGAAGCAAGUGCAAGGCUGAGGGACCCAGUUUACGGGAUCAGUGGAGCCAUAUUUCACCUGCAGAAACAAGUUCAAGAACUGGAGCUUCAACUGGAAUCGAUGAGAACCCAAUUUCUGGAAUCACAGGAACGAAAGAAUCAACUCUUGAGGAUUCUGAUGGAUUUUCAGUGCCAACUUCCCAUCUCCCCCAUUGACGAUGCGAUGUUCGAUCAAAUUGAUUUUUUCUUAGACGAUGGCACAAUACCAGUACUGGGUUAUGAUCCAAAAGAAUUUCCAUUGCAUUGUGAUUGGAUUUUAUAGUGGGCGAGGGAGAAAGAGAUGGGGAUUAAGCCAUUAGGGAGAUCCAUAAUUGAAACAAGAAAUUUCUUUUUUUCCAGCCCUUAAUACUAGUGGCUUUGCAGAUUGCAAAUAUUGAUAUACUUUCAUUUAUUAAACAUAUAUUAGAGGAUAAGGCCAUUGCAUCAGAA